UGCACAACACACUCAUAGCAUUACCACGCAUAAUCUCUAAGCUUAAACGCUGAAACAAAAAUUAUUAUUAUUAAAUUAUUAAUUGUUAUUAUUAUGUUGAUCUUCCGUAACAUACGUAUAAUCUCUCGUACAGUCGUACUUCUUAAUUACUGGAGCUUUGGUUAGUACUUGGUGUAAAAAUAUAUGUAUCAUUGUAUCAGUACGACAAGGUCACCUUUUUUGACCUUAAUCCAUUAACACCGAUGCCAUGGGAAGCCGAUCGGGGUCCUCGUUUGUUCCUGACAGGGGAGACUUUGAGAUCUAUGGCCUGGAAAAUGUCUUUUCCCAGAGGGAACUGGAGGAACUUGGGGGAUCAGGAGAUUAUCGCUUCGCAUUGGUGGUGGGAGAUGCUGGUGAAAAAAUAAAUGCUUCAUCCAGGAAAGGGAAGGGAUCGGGAGCUUCUCUGCGGAAGGGAUCGUUUGCCACUGGUUCGCCCGGCAAAGAGCGUAUCGCCAAACAUAUUAAAGAAGUCUGCGAUGAUACCAAUGGUAUUGUUAACGAAAUCGACCAAGUUAAAACGGCAUACGAACAAGUGAAAAAAGGAGCGAGCAAAGGAUUUACGGAAACGAAUGAUGUGUUCACGUCAGGGCUCAAGAAUUUGCGCAACAGCGUCACCAAUGUAAAUGGCCAUCUCCAUCGACUUCUUCAUUUCCUGGAGAACCAAGCAGCUGCCACCUAUCAUCAGCGUGCUUCUAAGCUCGAGUCAUCAAAAGAAACGAGCAGGUGCGCAUUAUGCGAAGAACAGAACAAGCGCUAUGUUACACCAUCCGGCGAUGAAAGGAUAAAAGAUGGAAGAAAACGUGAAACAUUCCAAUUCCCAUUUCUACUUCGUACACUGCAGGAUAAUUCUUGCCGUUUCCAUCCUACCACGCGGGCCACAAAUGGUCAAAACAAACACGGGGGGCCUACAUCGCACCACUGGAAUCAAGAAGAAUUACCACCAAAUCAUCACCAGUUGUCGAAUGGAAACACGAGAAAUACUGCAAACUCGUCAAGCCGGGAAUGGCGGAGUUCAGAUAAUCCUCUUAGCAAUGCCGCUUCGUUCAGUGGGCAGAUCAGCUACAGCAGCGCAUACAGCGACCAUUCAUCAAAGGAAUCCAUAUUCUCAAGACCGACGAAAGGAAAUGGCCAUUCGCAUCCCAGUCCUGUAUACAAAGCGUCUCAUCAAUCGAUAUCAAAAAAUUCCCCUUCGCACGUGGAUCGGUCUUCACAAACAGAACGAGCGGAACCAGAAUCCAUACCGCGCAAUCAACCACCAGAAGUUCUCAAGAAGUGUCGCAUUUGCAAUGAUCCUGAUUAUUAUGAAACUGAAAAUAAUCCGGAAGAGCGAAGAGGAAAGAGAUAUCGCAAUCGCAGGCGAUCACGACGACGACAUUCGGCAGAUGCGGCGCUAACGAGAGAUGUGUCUGAAACGAAUAUGUUCCCUUUACCACAUGAGUCGUAUUCUAGCGUGGAAGAGACAGAUAUGACACCUACGAAACCCGCGCACACCGUCGAAGAAGCCGACGCAAAAUCUGAUGUGCAAAUAACCAGCGAACGGUCAGAUUCGUCCGUCAGACUAAAUACCUACGCUUCAUUUGAGCGACCGGAAAGUCCGGAAAGUGUGACGGAAUAUCCAGCAAGCUUGUCAACAGUAUCGGUACACGAUAACGCAGCCGAAGGUCACGUUUUAGAUGACCGAUCAGCCUCGCGAAGUAGCAUAAAAAGCAAAGAAAAGCCUACGCAAGCAAGUAGUUCUGUUGCAGCAUCGGAUGGUGCUCGCAGUGUGCGCAAGCAGUCAGUGCAAGGUGUUCAGCUUCUCCAAGGAGAUGCGAGUAAAAGCCACAGCGAAACUGAAUAUGCAAGUUCGGAUCAUGACCGGAUAAUGCAAACGCCGAAACCGAAAUCCUUCCAGUCAUAUGGAGAUACCAAUGUGGCUGAUGAACGCAGCGAUGAUGUGGAUCAGCACUCGGACAGGAAAGCUGGAAAUUCCCGAUCACAAACAGCGCCAGAUUCGGGUGCCAUGUUUCAGAGAAGCAAUCGCUCAUCCCCAGAUUAUGAGCGCAUAAACACGCACUCCAGAAGAAUCGUGGAACCGGAACGUGGAUCAAAUGGUGUGGAUGAUUUCGAGGAAAGCUUGGGUGAGCCGGCACAUGGUUCGCACAAACGCUCCAAGAACCCAUCAGAUCGGAAUCCUGAGCUAAGCAGAAACACGAAAGAUCAGCACAACCCUGCAAGAAACAGUCAAGAUGAAUACAUGCCGACAAUCCCGUCGACAACCGACACCAGUCACAAUUUGAAUUCGCUCUUAGAAACUUUCCAGCGGUACUUGAACCAACUACAAAAUUUACUGCAGACGGGAUUCUCGUCACCUGGGGAUGCUGAUUCUGUUUCACGGAAGUUAACGAAGUCUGCUACAAUAUUUCCGGUUAGACGAAGUACUUCGAUAGUUACUCGUAAAAGACACCUUUCACAAAUACCGGAUAAUCUUGAUCGCCAAGCGGAAGUUGUAGCUUCACUUGAAGCGCUUUGUACUAAGGCAGAACUCCUAAUGGAAAAGGCACUGGAUUUGCUGAAAUCACCGCAAAAAGGGGAAAAAAGGGCUAAUAAACAAGAACACCUACGAACCGUGGAUUCAGUUAGUCAAGUGUAUGAAAACCAACUGCGGUUUCAAGCGGGUACAGAAUCGAUGCAGAGAGAGUUUCGAAGUUUAAAAAAUGCUAUAAGAGAUUUGACAGCGAAACUAGGCACGGCGAAUAUGCCGCUCGACCAAACAGAGAGUAAUGCCUCGAUGGCAGGCGUGGAGGAAGCGCUGUUUUCGCUAAAUAAAAUUCAGCAGAAGCUGUUCGAGGAACUUCUCUUGUUACGGAAGCAGACAGCCAAGCUACAUCCGAACUCUGCAAAAGAGCAUAAAGGCGAAAGAAUUGUAAACCCACGUCGUUCUGUGUCUGCCGACUACAGUCCAAGACAGGAUCGAUCGCACGCGACAACACCCAACGAACAAUCGUUACCCCGUGAGCGCCAGCGGUCUUCAUCAAUACAACCACCUAAUACUGAAGCGGGUACCGCUUUGGGACAUGAAUUUCGAAAGUUGCGCAAGGAGUUAAUUCGGAAGCUAGAAACAGGCAGUUCAAAAGCCAAACCGGUCAAAUCCGAAUGCGCAGCUUGUCAGAAAAUGGCUCAGCGAUUGCAAAGCAUCGAGAAAAAGAUGAAAGGAGCAGCGUCAUCAAAUAGCCGCGACUGUGAGAAAAUCAUUGGGAAGCUCCGAAGGCUGGACAAAAGAUUUGAGCAGCCGGUGCAUGUUGACUGUAGUCAUUGUAAAAAACUUCCCUUCCAACUGCAAAAAAUGGAAGAGCUACUGUUAGCAACCAUUCGUGGGCGCCCGUCUCGUAUUCCGAAUACAGAAAACCGUAAGCCAAAUCGCUCCAAGAGACUCCAUCGUCAACAUAAGCCUGUCGUCGACGCUGGACGAUCUAUCGGAAAUUCGAUCCAUUGUCCGACAUGUAACGCUCUUCGCCAGUUUAACAAGGCCCAUAGAAAAUCUAGCAAUGCGCAGUCUCCAUUCAAAUUUCAGGCGAAUCAAGUUGUGAGAAAACUGAACACCAUUGGAGCAGAACUCAGGGGUCUAGUAGAUAAAUCGGCAAAUCGUGCACAUGAAGAGCGCAUCAUGAUCGACAGAAAAAGCCAAGAGGGAAUCGAGCGACUUCUAUCUCGACUAGACGAGCUCAAGGAACUUUACACCACGGCGAAAACCAAACCAGAUAGACUUCAACCGAACUCGGCACUUUACAAAGGAAGAAAUCCGGUGCGAAUGCGUGGGAUUACAAACAAGGCUUUGUUUCGAGACAGCAAUCCUGUCUCAGCAUCCAGUGAAGUUCGCAAACAAAGAAAGAUUUUGAUGCAGAUUCUGAAUGCUAUAAAGCAGUCCAAAUCAGUUAGGAUGGAGAGUUUGGACAAGCUCGUGGAAAUGCUAAGGCCAGCGUUAAAAACCUUUUAUCAAAAAUCUGUCCCUUUAUCCCGUGCAGAACUGAAAGGUCAACCCAAGAAAACAUCGGACCUGAAACAACCAGCUGGAUUCGAUGAUUGUUUGAACAGAUUAAGCGCGUGCCAAGCGGAGAAUUCAGAGUUGAAAGAAAAAUUUGCAUCGCUAAUUAACAAACUAGACACCGUCCAAACUGAAAGCGAAGCGAGCGCAGAUAAACUGAAGCCAUUACCAGUUAUGUCCGAAGAUCGUCUUCAAGCUUGUUUAAAGAAAUAUGCCGUAUGCAGAGCGGAAAAUGAGCGUAUUAAGCAAAGAAACGAGAAUCUACAUGAUAAAAUUACCCAGCUGCAAACAGAGUUUCAAGACAAGCUGGAGCGAGAAACCGAGAAACGGAAACUGUUAGAGAGACAAGCUGCGAAGCUAUAUACCAAACGCCCUACACGAUUAUCGGGAAGUAACAAGAACCGAAGCAUCAGGAAGAUACCCAUUAGCAAGAAACCUAGGCCUUCGUCCAGCAGUUCAGUAUCGUUGGUACCGCGAGAAGACCGGAAUGAGAUCUUAAAAAUUCUAAAGGCGAUACAAGACUGCGUUAAAAGCUCGACUACCGGGUCGAGAAAAACCGGGUCGAGAAAAAUCGAAGAUAUUGCGGCAACCAGUAUUCCAAAUCGACAGGAGGAUCGGGCGGAACGUAUAGCACUAAAGAUUCAGGAUCAGCUAUCCGAACUGGUUGUUGCGGUAGCGGGGCAGAACCAAGCGCUGAUCCAGCUUCGAGAAACUAUUAAAACCCUUAGAAUCAGCAGCAGGCCAUAUGGUGACCCAACAACAACACAAAGUGGAUACAACACUUAUAAGCUGAAUGGAAGUGCACCAAAUGAAGAACGCGAAAAAAGACAAACGACCCUCGAAAUCCCUCAGAAUGCGGAAAUACGUAUCAAAAACUUGGAACAAACUAUUCAAAAGCAGGAAGAAGAAAUUUGUCAACUCAACGAAAUGAUAAACGAAUUGCAACGGUCACAGUACCGAGCAUCAGGGACACCGCGAUUUAGUUUAGAAGAAAGAUUAAAGCAAAUACGGGAAGCUCAUGACCGCAGAGAAGCGCUGAACAACCGUGGCCGGUCGGAUUUUGAACAAACUCCUUUUAAAAGCGAUAAACAUUUGCAAACAAGGAGAGAUCUCCAGGAUGUCCGAAACGGAACAGAUGAAUCACGGCAUCAUUUUGAUGAAAAGGGCGAUUCGCGAAACGUAAGAAACAACGAGGAUGUCAAGUUUUCGGAAGCACAGUUCAUGAAAGAUGACCAACUGGCUAAGCUGCAUUUCGACGUCGAAGAGCUAAAGCGUCAGCUGCGGCACACUCAGCGGCAUGAUGCGGUUCACAAAAAUCAAGAACCAAUAGAUCGGAAUGUGCAUUUCGUGAAAUCGUCGGAGCUGGACGAUGGAACUGUUUCGCGAAGGGCAGCUCGAGCAACCAGUACAGAUGACUUACGCCCGACAAAGCCCAUAGUCACCUCGAAAUCGACUGAUACCAGUGGGUUGACAACACCCGCUGGCGAAAACGCACAGGACCCUCCGACCGCAGUUCCAAACCAGGGAAAUGUCGGUGUCUUCCCGAACGUUCCAACCACGAUUAGCACCGGGGUUAGCCCAAACACUGGUGUUAAACCCGGUGUUAACACAACCAGUGAUGUCAACGAGCAAGUCCAAGGACAAAUAUUCCUUCCAAAUGCCGACGCGGAACACAGCAGAUCCAGUUUGACAACGGUGAAAGAUUCCUCGCCAGCAGACGCCAGUGAUACCAACAGUACAUACUGUGAUUCACUGCCAAGCCGCACGUUAUCCCAGCGAAUCGCUAGUGCUGUUCGUCUUUGCAAGUCAUCGUCGGCGGUGGAAGGUAUUCCUAGGAAUACAGACAGAAAACCGUUUUCAUCCGAUGGUUCGGACAGCUUAUUCAUAAACCGACGUCCGUGCCAGGUUGAUCCCUUGCGAGGUGUACGACAGCCGAAGCCACAUCCUUGCGAUUUACCUACUCGGACUGAGUUGGAACACAUGGGAAUUCAGUCUUUGUUGAGUAAAGCGACCGAUCUGAGCAGUUGUCUGAAACGACUGAAUGAGCAGGAUUUCGUAGAUUAUGGGGAUGACAUUAACUUUUGUACCAUAUACAGUGACUACCUUUCAUUUGCUGAAUUACCAAUCGAGCGGUUGUGACCUUACUCGAUCACAUGACGAAACCAAUGUUAUACUGUAAUAAAUACUGGAUGUGGUUUUCAUAUUAGCAGGUUAUUGAUGGAA